GUUCAUCCCACUAAGGACCCGGGGGGGGGGGGAAAUAGAAGAGUUUGUUUUUACUACAGGAGAAUCAUAUAACAGAAUGGCUUCCUUUAGUCAAUGAACUUUGCUCUGUUGUAACAGGCCGGAGAGUUUAUGACUGGGCCAAGCGGCAUACCUAGAUGCCAUGGAAACAUCAACAAUAAUGAGGUAACACGUUAGCAGAAAUAUCCGAACAGCACAGGGCAGCCACUAAUGGAAACUCAACAUUUUUCAAGGUCUCCUUGUCCCCUUAAGAUUGUUGAAGUGAAUGAUUUCGGUCACUUUGUCAGGAUAUGGAACUCCUCCCCUUCCUGCCAUGUGGAUCUGAGUGGUUAUAUCAUCUGGCAGCUAGAAGGGAACCACCCAGUCUCCAUCUACCGCUUUCCACAAAAUUCAUUUCUUCCUGCCUGCCAGCAUGUUACGGUUUGGGCAUCUGCUUCCAAGGUUUCCCAUAACCCUCCGACUGAUUUAGUAUGGAAAGGAAGGUUGUAUUUCAGAACCAACCCCCAAUGUAUCACAGUCCUUUCGCGCCCAAGUGGUCAGCCAGUAGCUUCAUACCGAACAUCUCCCUCUCUCCCAGCGUGGAUUCCAGACAAAUCUGAAGAAUCUGUACAAGAGGAGGAAACCAGAAACCAUUUAGAAGAAGAAGCAACCAAAGCCAAUCAGACUCCCAGGUCCCGAUACUCCUCUGCAAACUCCAGUGGCAGCUGCAGUGCUUCCCAGGCUUUGUUCUCUAGAACGGGGAGCCCAGUUACUCCCAGAAUCACUUCAGGUCAGACUAGGUCACCAACCUUUGUUUCCAGUUACCCAUCCAGGUUAAAUAAAAAUAGUCCAUUUGUGAAGCUUCUUGCACAAACAUCUGCUCGAUCCAAGCACGGCUUCAAGUUCCUCAGUCAUGUGCCCUUCACUUGUGAUCUUCUCAGACGGUAACCAGUGGUCCAAACGCUCUUUCCCCCCGAUGGGAGACCAGAGCCUCUUACAGAUCUUAAGGUUCAUUUGCCACUAGGCCAAACCUAGCUGUGCUUCAAUUUAAGUUAACUUGUAGUAUGUUAUAGCCUGGCCAUUUCUUAGCAACCACUCAAUUGGUCUUCGUUAUUUAUUUUUUAUACAUUUUCAAUUAUUUGCCUUUUUUGAGCUUUCAAAUGAGGAGUCACC